GACUUUUGCCGCCUGCUGCUGCUGCGGCUGCUGCUGACUGGAGCGGAGGCGGCAUGGAUCGGGGGCUGCUGCGCGUGUGGUGGGCGCUGCUGGCGCUGGCGGUGCCUGGCGGCCGGGGGUCUCUCUUCCCGUUCGGCUCGGAGCGCGGCGACGCGGAGCUGGAGCCCGGAGACGACGCCAGCUCCCCGCCCCUCGAGCUCCGCACCCCGCUCCGCUUCUACGGCUCCGGAGUGGAGACCCUCUAUGUUCUCACUAAUGGCAUCAUUGCAGUCAGUGAACCUUCAGUGGAAGAUGAUUAUCUUGGCCAGUUUCCUCUCAAUUUUGGAGGCAUUGCUCCAUUUUAUGCUGAUUUGGAUACUACAGGUGGACAAGGGAGGGUGUAUUAUAGGGAAGACUCAUCACCUGACAUCCUUCAGCUUGCUGUCAACUAUAUUAAAAGGUGUUUUCCAGAGUCUACCUUUGAACCAAGUAGUGUUGUCAUUGUUACCUGGGAUUCUGUGGCUCCUUAUGCUGGUCCUGGAGAAGAUGCCACUUUACAAGCAAAGAGAAACACAUUCCAGGCAGUUUUAGCAUCUUCCGAUUCCAGUUCCUAUGCAAUUUUUCUCUAUCCAGAAGAUGGCUUGCAAUUCUAUAGUACACAUUCUAAAAACGAUAACGAACUAGUUCCAGCUACUGUUGGCUUUAGUCAACCUGCUACAAAUUAUUACUUGUGGAUAAAACCUGGAUUAUACAAAACCAUUGCUAAUGAAGAAGAGACUCUUAAUAACCUGCACAGGAGCAGUAAUUUGGGAAAACAAGGAGUCUGGGCAUUUGAAAUUGGUGGCUCAGAUAUUAUCCUGCCAACCUCCGAGAGUCCUGUCAGUGUUGAUUAUGGUGAUUAUGAUCAGUUCCAGGAAGUCACUACAGAACCCCCCAUAUCACAUAAGGACUCCAUAGAGAUAAGCCAGCCGGAAGUAUCCUAUGAGAUUCCCAGCAGGGGAGAUAACAUACAGACCAGCUACAGCAUACCUCAGCCAGCAGCAGAAGAUGAUUUUCAGUCUCCGUAUCAGACUGCAACAGAGCAACCUCCCCCAGAGCCGCCUCUCCCCACAGGGAAAAACCCACCUCUCCAGUUUCCGGCCCAGCAGUUUCCCCAGCAGCAUGGUCAGAUUAUCGAUGUGGAAGAAGUUGAUGAAACUGGAAUUGUGUUUCGCUACAGUACGGAUGUCCAGCAGACAUGUGCAAACAACCGUCAUCAGUGUUCAGUUCAUGCUGUUUGCAAAGACUAUCCAAAUGGUUUCUGUUGCAGUUGUAUUACUGGUUACAAAGGAAAUGGCCGGCAGUGUGUAGCAGAAGGUUCUCCUCAGCGAGUCAAUGGGAAAGUCAAAGGACGAAUCUUUGUAGGAAACAAUCCAAUACCCAUUGUUUUUGAGAACACUGACCUCCACUCCUAUGUCGUGAUGAACCACGGACGAGCUUAUACUGCCAUUAGCACCAUUCCAGAGACGUUGGGUUUCUCUUUGCUUCCUCUUGCCCCUAUUGGGGGAGUCAUUGGAUGGAUGUUUGCUGUGGAGCAGCAGGGAUAUAAAAAUGGAUUUAGUAUUACUGGUGGUGAAUUUACUAGACAAGCUGAAGUUACAUUUCUCAAUACGAAUGAAAAGUUGACAAUUAAACAGAAAUUCAGUGGAAUUGAUGAACAUGGACAUCUGACCAUUGACACACAACUUGAAGGCAAAGUGCCAGAGAUCCCAUUUGGCUCUUCUGUACAUAUUGAGCCUUACACUGAGCUCUAUCACUCUUCUAGUUCAGUUAUCACAUCAUCAUCCACCAGGGAAUAUACUGUGACAGAACCAGAAAGAGGUGGAACAUCUCCUACUUAUACCGUUCCCUAUCAGUGGAGACAGACUAUUUCAUUUGAUGAAUGCAUUUAUGAUGACUCCCAUCAUCCUGUUUCAGCCACCCAGCAACUGUCAGUGGAUAGCAUCUUUGUCUUGUAUAACACAGAUGAACAAAUUUUGCGAUAUGCAAUGAGCAAUUCCAUUGGCCCAAUUGAUGGAUCAGGUGAAGGAAGAAGCCACAAUCCUUGCUACACAGGCACCCAUGGCUGUGACACAAAUGCAGUGUGUCGUCCAGGAGCAAACAAUCAGUUCACCUGUGAAUGCUCUGUGGGAUUCCGAGGAGAUGGGCGUACCUGUUACGAUAUUGAUGAAUGCUCUGAGCAACCAACAGUAUGUGGCAGCAAUGCAAACUGUAAUAACCAGCCGGGAACUUUCCGAUGUGAGUGUCUAGAAGGAUAUCAGUUUUCAGCUGAUGGACGAACAUGUGUUGCUGUUGAGCGUGUGGUCAAUCAUUGUGUGACAGGCACACAUAAUUGUGAUAUCCCUCAACGUGCUCGCUGUAUAUACUCUGGUGGCUCUUCCUACAUUUGUGCGUGUCUGACAGGAUUCCUUGGAGAUGGACAUUCUUGCAUAGAUAUAGAUGAAUGUGAGCAGAGCCGCUGUCAUCCAGAUGCUUUCUGCUAUAACACACCAGGAUCCUUCACCUGUCAGUGUAAGGCAGGCUAUCGUGGGGAUGGUUUCCAAUGUGUGCGAGGAGAACUAGAAAAAACAAAAUGUCAACGAGAACAAGAACAAUUUAUGGCUUUUGGACCAAGAGGACCCAGGCCAGUUGGCCAGUUUAUUCCUCAGUGUGAUGUCUAUGGGAAUUAUUUGCCAACCCAGUGCCAUUCCAGCUCUGGAUAUUGUUGGUGUGUAGACAGAGAUGGUAAUGAAAUUGAUGGAACCAGGAGUGGUCCAGGAAUCCAACCUCCAUGUAUUGGCACAGUUGCACCUCCUGUUGUAGUUGGUCCCUCUGUAAAACCAGAUACAAUUCACCUGCCCCCAGGAACACACUUACUGAUUGCUCAGAGUGGAAGGAUUGACCAUGUCCCCUUAGAGGGAAAUGACAUGAGGAAACAAGAUGCAAAGGCUUUGCUGUAUGUGCCAGAUAAAGUUGUUAUUGGAGUUGCUUAUGACUGCUUAGAGAAAAUGGUGUAUUGGACUGAUAUCAGCAGCCCAUCCAUCAGUAGAGCCAGCCUGGGUGGAGGAGAGCCAGUAGCCAUCAUAAAGACAGAUUUGGAAAGUCCUGAAGGAAUAGCUCUUGAUUACCUUGGCCGCACCAUUUUCUGGACGGAUUCUCAGCUUGACAGAAUAGAGGUAGCAAGGGUAGAUGGCACUCAGCGCCGAAUACUGUUUGACACUGAUCUUGUGAACCCUAGAGCUAUUGUAGCAGAUCCUAUGAGAGGAAAUCUUUAUUGGACAGACUGGAACAGAGAGGCCCCUAAAAUUGAAACUUCAUACAUGGAUGGCACAAACAGAAGGAUUCUUGUCAAAGAUGAUUUGGGGCUACCAAAUGGGCUGACAUUUGACACGUAUUCUUCACUGUUGUGCUGGGUGGAUGCAGGCACUAAAAGGCUUGAAUGUAUGGAUCCCAAUCAGCUUGGUCGGCGAAAGAUCCUUGAAGGAAUCCAGUAUCCUUUCAGCAUCACAAGUUAUGGGAAGAAUUUGUUUUAUACAGACUGGAAAAGAGAUGCUGUAGUAGCCGUGGAUCGCACAGUGCCAGAGGAAAAUGAUAACUUUCAGCCCCCCAAGCGUACCCGUAUUUAUGGAAUAACUACGGCUUUGGCUCAGUGCCCUCAAGGGCAUAACUAUUGUUCAGUGAAUAAUGGUGGGUGCACUCAUCUAUGUCUGGCUACCCCAGGGGGCCGUUCUUGCCGGUGUCCAGAUAAUACUGUUGGAGUGGAUUGUACGGAAAGAAAUUGAAAUGAGCAGCAUUGGAUAUGCCAAGCCAACCUUUGGAAAGAUACAAUCAACAACUACUUAAAUGCUCAGUCACGUACAAGAAAAGAUCCCAAAGAGAAGAUCUCAAUGCUGCCUGCAGACAGAAGCCAUGAAGCACACCUGCAAGACCUAUCAAUGACCAUAUCAUGAAAUACUGCCAUAUCUGUGCAACCAUCUCUUGUACACUUUCUUCUUCAUUCUCCCUCUCCCCCUUUAAAAGAUAACUCCAGUUAACAGCUGGGUCUGUAAUUGAUACCUUCUAAACAAUUUUUUGUACAAGUUGUAGUAGGGACUUAAAUUAACUAGAAGCUAGCAUCAGAUACACUCUUAAUAGAUGGUGGUUGUACAUAAGGAGAUUUGGCGAUUUACUUACAAAUUAACUUUUUACAGCCCAUUACUGGUGCAGCUGAAUGUUUGAAUGUCAGGCAGUGAAGUUUGAAGGUGAAGUGAUUGAAAUUCCUCUUUGAAGAGUUUUUUUAAGGAGUAACAGCAAGAUCCCUAAGCAAAGGGUAUACCAUAUUCAGUAGACCCUUCUCCCAAAGGUUUUAACCACUAUUCCUGAAUAUGUUUAAUAUCUAGUGGUACACUACUAUUGCAAUGCUUAAUUUGAAAUGAUUAAAGCAAAUUGGUGCUAUAGUUGGUUGACUUGUCCAUGCAGAUCUAGUUUAGUUGUUUGAGUAGGGUUCCUCUCCCCCCAACUUUUCAUUGGGAUUUUCCAAAAGAAGUUAUCAAGAGGACAAAGGGAAGCAUGUGAUUCUUUCAGCAGCCAUGGAUGUUCUGGUUUCAUUAGGACAACAAUGUGCAUUCUAGCUUGUUGCCUACUUUUGUCCUACUACAUCUGAAUUUAAACUGACUUUCAGAUAGAUCCUGCCAAAUAUUCUUCAUACAAUAGAGUCUUGCUUAUCCAACCUUCGUUCAUCCAAUGUUCUGUAUUAUCCAACGCAGUCUGCCUUCCGCCCAGAUCCACAGCCAAGAUGCCCAACAACAACACAAGUGCAGCCACGCUCCCAAACAAGUUACAGACUUGUUGUAAAACAUGAUGUUUUGGUGCUUAAUUUGUAAAAUCAUAAUGUAAUUUGAUGUUUAAUAGACUUUUCCUUAAUCCCUCCUUAUUAUCCAUCAUUUUUGCUUAUCCAACGUUCUGCCGGCCUGUUUAUAUUGGAUAAGCGAGACUCUACUGUAUUUUAUUUCCAUUUUUUCUAGCAGUUCCUUUCCAAAUAUUACACAACCCCAUUUUUACUGUACUUUACCUUUUCACAUAGUGCAAGCAAUAAGGUUUUUGAAGCGAUCCAUCGGGUAGAUAGAAUGAUUUCAGUGUUAGGUCUUUAUGAGAAAUAUCUUAGAUAUCAAAGUAAUGGUUAUGUUUUGUGUGAGUUGCUAACAAGCACAAUUCAUACACACCAGAAUCGGCAAAAUGUGCUAUAUAAACAGAAUGUACGCUUUUAUGUAGUUUCAAAUUCUCCUACUAGGGCAAUUUUUAAGAAGCCUUGUUUCUGCUGGGAAAGAAGUACAUCCACAGUACAGAGAGGGAAACAAAGUCCAUUGAGAUAACAACUCAUUCCAACCCAAGCUUUUAAAAGUACACAGAAGGUUAGACUUCAGAAGUAUUGCUCACAAAUCAGUAUUAAAAAAGAGCCAGUUUUGAGGCUUCCUGUCUGAUAGCUUUUUAUAUAUAUUUAUCACUGAAAUAUCAAAUGUUAUAUUAAAUAUUUUAAUUUUUGUAUAACACUUGUAUAACUUUAAUGCAUUUAAUUCUUACACUCUAUCAAAUAUGUUUGCAGAAAUGUAAAUACCAAAAAUUGUACUGAAACAAACAAAAGGUGCUUUUAAUAAGUGUACUUCCAGUGUUAUUUCAUUUUCAGGUGACAUCACAGAAAGUUUACGUAUUGUAUGGCUAUUCAUAGCUACCAAUAAAAUUAUUGUUUGGGUUUUUUAUAAAAAAGAAAGUAAGUUGUAUUUGGAACAUA